AUGCAGCUCGUACAAGUCGUUUUGCUCUCGACUCUUGCGAUUCUCAUCACAUAUCCCAAAUUUACGAUAGCAUUGACAUCCGAGACCGAAAGUCGCAUAUACGGUGGUUUGAAUGCAAACUUUACCAACUUCCUGUACACUGCCGGUCUUCAUGUCAAUGAUUCGAACUCUAUACUGUUUUGUGGUGGCACUUUGAUCGCACCUCAGUACAUUCUUACUGCUGGACAUUGUAUGGAGAUCGCCAUGCACGAUAUUUAUGUCUCGCUUGGGUCAAAAUUUAGUUCGGGUGGAGGCACUCAAAUGUCCGAAAUGAAACGUGUCGUGGCAGCGUAUCGACACCCAUUAUACGUAUUACAACCCGACAUAGAAACUGUAACGCAUGAUGUGGCGGUACUUAAACUAGAGUCCCCAUCCAACCUUCAACCUGCGCGAUUAGCUGCAUCAGAUGGAUCAGAUAACAAACCUGGUCAGAUGGCUACAGUGCUCGGCUGGGGCCGAAUGGACAAUGAGACAUUUGCCGACAUCCUCCAAUCUGCUGAUGUUGAAGUAAUUACAAAUGACGAGUGUACCAAACAAUACACGAACGCGGCGGAUGACACAAUAGUGGACGAGUCGGUCCUUUGCGCCGGUCAUGGCAAGAAUGUGGAUUCAUGCUACGGAGACUCGGGAGGACCUUUGAUUGUAGAUGAUGCCAUCGUAGGCAUUGUAAGUUGUGGACCGGAAAGUUGCGGCGUUUUGCCUGGUACGUACACUCGAGUCACUGAAGUGCUAGAUUUCAUAGUCGAGAUUAUAAAUGGUGGAUCCACUGGAAAUAUCACAGAUCUGCUGAUCAAGCGAUCGAAAUAA